GGAGGAGGUGCAUUUACUCCUCCUCCUCCUCUCUUCUUCACCCAUCAGAGCAGCAGAGCCGGGACUCACUCACUCACACUCUGUUUAUUUCAGUUCUCUCUCAGACGCACUCAUGGAUUAUCACCACCUUCUGCUGCUGUGGACCUACAGCUUCCUGCCAGAUCUUCAGCUCUGUUUCAACUUUGACACGAAGAACUUCAAGAUCUUCGCUGGGUCUAAAGAAGCUCAGUUCGGGUACACGGUGCAGCAGCACGAGGCGGGAGGACAGCAGUGGUUGCUGGUUGGAGCUCCCUUUGAGUCCACGGGGAAGAAGCAGACUGGCGAUGUGUACCGAUGCCCGCUGGACAGCAAGAACUCUGCAAACUGCAGCCGACUCAACCUGGGGAGACUCACUCUGAACAACGUGUCUGAGAGGAAGGACAAGAUGAGGCUGGGAAUGACGCUGACCUCCAACCCCAAAGACAGCAGCUUUGUGACCUGCGGUCCGCUCUGGUCUCAUGAAUGUGGAAGUUCCCUGUACAGCACUGGGAUCUGCUCCAGAGUCGGCCGAAACUUCAAGCUGUCCAACACCAUCGCACCUGCCCUGCAGAGGUGUGAGACGUUCAUGGACAUUGUGAUUGUUCUGGAUGGUUCCAACUCCAUCUACCCCUGGUAUGAAGUUCAAGACUUCCUCAUAAACAUCCUGCACAAGUUCUACAUCGGACCAGGUCAGACACAGGUGGGAGUCAUUCAGUACGGCUCUUCGGUUGUCCACGAGUUCACACUGGAUGAGUAUCAGACGGUGGAGGACGUAGUGGACGCUGCCAGGCGCAUUGACCAAAGAGGUGGUGAGGAAACGAGGACGGCAUUGGGAAUCAACGUGGCCCGAUCCGAGGCGUUCCAGCGCGGCGGCCGGCCGGGAGCUCAGAAGGUGAUGAUUGUGAUUACAGACGGUGAAUCACAUGACAGUCCUCACCUGGUGCAGGCCGUCACAGACAGCGAGAGAGACAACAUCACCAUGUAUGCCAUCGCUGUUCUGGGUUAUUACAACCGCCGGGGAAUCAACCCCGAAGCCUUUCUAAAGGAAAUCAAGUUUAUUGCCAGUGACCCCGAUGAGAUGCACUUCUUCAACGUGACAGAUGAAUCUGCGCUGAAGGACAUUGUAGACGCCCUGGGAGAGAGGAUUUUCUCUCUGGAAGGAACCAGCAGUCAGGGUCGAGGGUUCGGUCUGCAGAUGGCUCAGGCCGGUUUCUCCUCACAUUUAGUCAAAGAUGGUGUUCUUCUCGGAGCGGUGGGCGCCUAUGACUGGAAUGGUGCCGUGCUGAAAGAAAGCAAACACGGGAAAGUUGUUCCACCGAAAUCAUCCUACCAGGAUGAGUUUCCAGAGGAGCUGAAGAACCAUGCAGCCUAUCUGGGCUACUCGGUGGGUUCACUCAUUUCAUCCCGCGGCUCUCAGCUUUAUGUAGCUGGAGCUCCAAGAUUCAACCACACUGGAAAGGUGAUCAUAUUCACCCUGAAGAACAGUGGAGACCUGACCAUCUGGCAUGCACUGCUGGGAGAGCAGAUUGGGUCAUACUUUGGCAGUGAGUUGCUAUCGAUGGACAUUGACAGUGACGGACAGACUGAUGUCCUCCUGGUGGCAGCACCCAUGUACUACAGCCAUGGCUGGGAGAGAGGCAAGGUUUACAUCUACUCUGUUACACCGCAGACGUCGUUUGUCCUGCAGGGGGUGCUGGAAGUGUCUGACCACUCCCAAAACUCCCGUCUGGGCUCAGCGUUGGCUCAGGUACCUGACAUGAAUGGAGACGGGUUCAAAGAGCUUGUUGUGGGAGCACCACUGGAGGAUGACCACCAGGGGACAGUCUACGUCUUCCAUGGCAAAGACAAAACCAUCCAGCUUCAGUACAGACAGCGUCUGCCUGCGGCUGGUUUUUCUGCAGGUCUUCAGUAUUUUGGCCAAAGCCUUCAUGGCGUCUUGGACAUCAAUGCAGACGGACUUGUCGACCUCGCAGUGGGAGCGCUGGGAGCUGCUGUCAUUGUCUGGUCUCGUGGUGUGGUGCAGAUUCAGGCUAAACUAACCUUUGAACCCGAGAAGGUCAACAUCUUUAACAAGGACUGCCAGCGAGGAGGGAAGGAGGUCACCUGCAUGUCCGUGAUCGUCUGUCUGAGUCUGGACUUCAGGACAAAGACCAGGACGAAGACCAGGAAAGAUGUUGCGGUCUGGUACAGUCUGCUGUUGGAUGAGAGGCGUUUCCCUCCCCGGGCAGUGCUGGACGAAUCGGAUCGACAGCAGCCCCGAAGUUUGUUUCUGCAGACAGGAAGUCAGAUAUGCAAACGCCUUGGCUUCUCCGUCCAGGAGACGACAGAUUACGGGCGUCCCAUAGUUGUCGUCCUGGAGACAGGAUUGCAGAACCCAGACGAGGGGCCGGUGUUGGACCCGGACUGGCAGAGCACCCAAAGAACCGAGAUUCACUUCUGGAACGGAUGUGAGCAGGAAGACACCUGCGUUCCUGACCUCAUCCUCCAUAGUCACACGGACCUGAUGAGUGCUCAGCAGUUCUGUAGGUCGAACCGAUGGGCUGCCAGCUCCAUCUGCAGCCACCAGGGGGCGCCUGAGAGGCAGCCGUUUGUCGUGGAGUCCGAGCGAAGGAGGAUGGUGGUGUUCGCCCGACUGGAGAACCAGGGAGAGAACGCAUACGGAGCUGCCAUCCACAUCUCCACCUCCUCCAACCUGAUCUUCUCCAGCCUCUUAGUGAAGGACCAAUCAGAUAUCCAGAUUGAGUGUUCCUCUGAGGACAGACUGGCGACCCAGAGGAUCUGCAACAUCAGCGCGCCAUUCAUGAAGUCGCUGUCUCAGGUAACUUUCAAUGUGGAGUUUGAGUUCAGCCGCUACAUCUUCCUGGAUUACGUACAUGUGGUCAUGGUAACUACCAGUGAGGGGGACGAGGGUUACCCGGACGACAACACCAAUGACAUCUUCCUCCCCCUGAAAUACCAAACCGAGCUCCUCUUCACCAGAGACCCCUACCCUCCUCGUUUUGUAAUCAGAGCUGACUCCUCCUCCUCUUCGUCCUGGGACCAAUCAGACAGCAGCUCUCACACCUUCAACCUCUCCUAUUACAUCCAGAACCUGGGCCUGUUCUCGGUGCAGGGCGUCCUGUUCGGGGCUGAUAUCUGGGCUGUGACCAUGAGAGGAAACCAGCUGCUGAACAUUACGGACGUCAGCAUCGAACAGCAGGCAGCGGGAUCCCACUGCACACUGCCUCACGUUAGAAUGAGCAGUCCUGUCACACCUGAGGAUCUGACUCACCUGUCACAGCUGAACCACAGUAACAGCGCGAACAUGGAGGUGCGGUGCCAACUGAACCUCCCGCCCUCCCGAGAGGUGAAGGUGACGCUCACAGGAAGCCUUCAGCUCGCUGCUCUGCUCGCCGUGAAGUUCAGGUCUCUGGAGCUGCUGACCGCCGCCUCCAUCCAGCUGGAAGCGUCUAGUCCCAUUUUCCUCCAGGAGGACCGACCUGUCAGACAGAUCAUUCUGGACCUGAGGAAGGAGGAGGAUCACUCCAUCCCCAUCUGGAUCAUAGUGGGAAGCUCACUGGGAGGUUUGCUGCUGCUGGCCUUACUGGUCCUCGCUCUGUGGAAGCUCGGCUUCUUUAACAGACGGAGAAGAAAGGAGGAAGAGGAGCAGCCUGUGGCCAAUGGGAAGACGGCACAGGAGCUAUAACGUGGCUGACAUCACCGCCGCAUCAUUCCUCGCCGGCCUGCAAAGUCUUAAAUUAAUGUUCCCGAUGAAAUUUAACCUGAAAGACACUGAGAAAAUCCGACGACCUCACAUGGGUCACCUGAACGCAUCACGUGCCUCCACCCGUCACUCAGGGACUGCGACCCUCACCUUAAACCCGCCUCUUCGUCCACGCGAUGUGCGAUUGAAGCUACCCACAGACUGUAUAUAAAAGACGGAGUCAGCAUUAGAAACAUCGAAGGGUUAGGAUUCUUCAGCGUCGCCGACGUCUGCCUUUCAUGUGAGAACUUCACAGGUGUGACGGAGGCCUCGUGACAACGGAGAGCGAUGGAGUAAAUAUUUAAACGGAGGCUGACGGGGCAGAAAGAAAACUACCUACCAUUCGUCUGAUUUCAUCUUCUUAAAUUGUAAAUAUAUCCUAUUAAUUCUUAUAUAUUGUAGCUGAUGCACUUUUGUUUAAAAGUCAAACUUGAACUUGUGUAAAUAUUCACAUGUAUGACGAAUGAGGGCCGAGGCGUUACCGUCGAAGCGGUUUCCGCUCUGCCUGUUAAUGUCAGAAUAAAGACGAGAAAUAUAAAGGUCGUGUCCGUCUGUUCGCUCACGUUUACCUUCUUUGUCUGAAAUUUGGACUCUUUAAUAACCUGAAAUGUUGAGAUAACCCAAAGAGCUGAGAUCAUUCAAAAUUUUCUUUAAAUUUUCUGGAUAAAUCUCAAAAGUUUGAGUAAAUAUUUUACAAGUUUGAAUCAGAGAUCCUGAAAUUUCAAGUUCCUCCCGAGUCUGUUUGUUGUACCCAUCCAUCCGUGUUCUUGUCACUUUGAGAUAAAUUGAAAUUCUAAAUUCAGAAUCUCAAAUUUGGACUUAUUUAGACAAAAACUGAAAUUUUGAGACGCCCAACUCAAACUUUGAAAAGCAACAGCCUUUACAGGGACGUGUAACUUGA